AUGGGACUACUAAAGUUGUCUUAUUUUGUGACCCUAACGUUUUUGGCCUGGGUGGGCCUGACAACGAUUCUUCCGAACUUUUGCAAUACAGACCCAUCUAAAAGCAAGCUUCUAAAUUACGAUGGCUAUUUACAAUCUGCAUACUACAACAGCAUCAAUACCCCGGCAAUAGUGGAGAACAACCUGGUGAACUCACACAUCGUGUUGAUCACUGCGCAUCCAGAUGACGAGUCAAUGUUCUUUACCCCCUCCUUAACCGAGUUAUCAAAGGGGAACUAUAAUAACAAAAUUCAUCUGAUUUGUCUUUCAAAUGGCGGAUACGAAGGCCUGGGGAACAUCAGAGAACGUGAAUUGCACAACGCAGCCAAGCUAUUGUCCAUUGAGACAGUGAGAGUUUUAGAUUUCAAGGAUGACUUGAAAGUAUAUUGGGAUACAGAUGAGAUAAAGGAAUCCAUCGAUGAAGAGCUGCGAUCAUUAAAGAAACAAUAUGGCAUCAAAUCCAAAAGGGAAAUUGUUUUUUUGACAUUUGAUGAAGACGGGGUCUCUGGCCAUCCAAACCAUAUGUCUAUUCAUAAGGCCGCCAAGGAAUAUGCACAGGCAAAACACAUUAGAGCUUAUUAUCUAAAAUCUUGGAAUCUAUUUGUCAAGUAUUCCAAUCUUUUCAUCACCAGUAUCGAACUUGCUUGUAGAUGGUUAACAAAGUCUGAAACAAUAAGGGCAAAACUAGCAAAGUAUAAUAUUGAUCUCAGUCAGAUCCUGCUAUUAGGAGAAAAUCAUUCUCAAUCUAUCAGGAUAUAUAGUGAUUUGAAUUCACUAUUUUUAAAUUUUUCAACAAUGACAUGGUCUCAUUACUCUCAAAUAGUUUGGUUCAGAUGGAUUUGGAUCUUUUCCAGUAAAUACAUGAACUCAAACGAACUCGUGCCUAUGUGA